UUUUGGAUGUGAGAGUGGUAGAUGUGAGGCGGACCCUCGUUACCCUACCAUCAUUUUCUCUUCUACUACCAGUUAUAUAAGAGUUCCUCGAUUCCAUAGAAACUAUUAUUAUUCACUAAAUUUUCUUGUUAGAUUUUGUUUCUCUUUUUCAUUCUAACAGCAUACUAGUAGUGUGAGAAGAGAGAAAAUGGAAGCAGCAGUGACUUCUGUUUGGAGUUAUCAAGAGAACUGUGAGCAGUUGAAGGAAUUACUUUUCUACACGACAUACCAACUGGAAACGGAGAGAGCAGAAGCAAAAGAAGAGACGAAAAGAAAUGAAGCGAAUGUAAAUAAGUUGGUUCAUCUCUUGAAUCAAGCAUGUAGAGAAAGAGAUGAAGCAAAAAAUCAGCUUCAAAGACUAUUGAACAAGUUUUCACCCUCUAGUCCAACUGAAAACUACCCCGCUGUUAUGGCUACUCUUAAACCCAAAAUUCUCCUUGUCAAUCCCACUAAAGGAAAUUCUAGUAUCACAGAAACUGAUAGUGUUUCAGAAACCUAUAAUCAUCAUUCAUAUGGUUCACCACCUGUUGAUUCAAUCUUUGAUACCGUUUCUUCACCGGAACUAUCUAAUAUUAAUGUGGUCGACUCCAGUAUCGUUCAAGCACCACAACAUGUACCGCACCAGCCACUACACGUACCGCAUCAGCCUUUUGAUCAAGCAUCACUUGCAAUUGACAAUCUUGUUAAGGGGAAACUUCUUCCUCAGAAAGGAAAAUUGCUGCAGUCUGUAAUGGAAGCUGGGCCAUUGCUGCAAACACUACUUUUAGCGGGACCUUUACCCCGAUGGAGAAAUCCUCCACCUCAUCAGACCCUACAACUACCUUCUUUAUCGGUGGUCAACGGUUCGGAAGCUGUUCAUAAUUCUUCUUCAAGUCAUUCUUAUUCCAAUGUAUCUCAUGGCUCUGCACAGAUAUACUCCACAUCUAUGCUCAACUUUUCAAGCGGUCAUGGUACAUGCAUAAGCAAGGCUCAAGUGUUAUCUGCUGGUCUCAAUAGGAAUUUCAUUAACAAUUCUAUCCCUACUGCCAAGCGUCAAAGGCUGCAUUGACAUUAUCAUGGAUUUGUAUAAAAUUGGUGUAAAUUGGAACUAAAGAUUUUUGUUAUUGAAACUGAGUUAA